CCUGAGCGUGACGGGACGGUGACGAGUUACGUUGUUUACGACAGAGCAAAAACUCUUUACUUAGCAUUAGCAUUAGCUCACCGGUAUGUGCUUUCACUAACAUACAUUCAGCCUUAGGCGGCUAAUGUGCACAUGUGGGAAAUAAAGUAGAACAGAUUAAGGAAACGGUAAUGCCAUAGAGAAAGGCACUGCCAGGUCUCUUCCACUGGGGAGGAGCAAGCCUUCACAAAUGGCAACUGAACUCCAUGAGACUAUUUCCAUGGCCAAACAGGAGCGCCACAAAAAUCUGUUUCUUAACUACAGAAACCUGAAUCAUUUCCCAGUAGAGCUGCUGAAGGAUGAAGGCCUGCAGUUUCUGGAGAGACUGUACAUGAAGAGGAACUCCCUCACAACACUGCCUGACAAUCUUGCACAAAAGCUCCCAAAUCUAAUAGAACUCUAUUUGCACUCAAACAACAUAGUCAUUAUUCCUGAAGCUAUCGGAGACCUGGCCAGACUGCAGUCACUGGACCUGAGCAAUAACGCCCUCCAGUUCCUCUGUCCAGAGAUUGGCAGACUAAGGUCUCUACGACACCUGAGGCUGUCCAAUAAUCAGCUGAAAUGCCUUCCUCAAGAGAUUGGUGAUCUGCAGGACCUGGAGACUGUGGACGUGUCCAGGAACCAGCUGUUGUCUCUGCCACAUCGCCUGCACCGCUGUACGUCUCUGCAGAAUCUGACAGCUGACCACAACCUGUUGAGCCACGUUCCCCGGCAGCUCUGCUGGCUGCACCGCCUCAACCAGCUCUCGAUGGCUGCCAACCGCCUGACCUUUCUACCGCUCGAUCUGGGCAGAUCACGAGAGCUGCAGUUUGUGUUUGUGGACAACAAUGUGGAGCUAAAAGGCCUUCCCUCCUACUUGUAUAACAAAGUCAUCGGCUGCAGCGGGUGCGGUGUGUCAGCCCAGGUGUUAGAGGGUGACCUGGGGGAGGCGCUGGGCAAGGCCCUGGUUGGGCUUCCUGCUGAAGUGAAGGUGGUGGGCUCAGAGACGGAUAACGUGGUUCCCCUCGAGGAGAUCGCCAUGAGAACCCUGCAUCGCAUCUACCAGCAUCGCCCAACCGACCUGAACUUGCUGCCUCCCAUCACCCUCCCAAAGAGCCUGCUGGACCUGUUGCAGUUCCCCCUGGGACACUGCCACCGCUGCAGUCAAACCAUGUUCACCAUCAUCUACCCAAAAGUCUUUCCCCUCCGUGACACCGCGCUGGCAGGAGUGCACCGCAGGACCACUGUGAGUUUUGUGGCCUAUUGCUGCUCCAGCCGCUGCCUCCGGACCUUUGAUCUCCAAGGAUGAUGUCAUUUCCUUGGCCCUGUACACAUUGGCUCAGGAGCUGUGUAGUGGUUUCCUGAAGGUGGCACAUGACAGCUUGUAAUGUGUGUGGAUCUUGAGGAUCUGUGAGCUCUGUGCCUGAUUGACAAUGCUAAGAACCACAGAGAAGCAGCCUGUGUGGAUGUUUGGUUGGUCAGAUGAUGGACACACAUGGCACGCAACAUUUUAACAUACUAGUCAAAGACUCAAACCUACAUGAUGUUCCUGAAUCCAACCAACUGGGAGGGUUUUAUUCCUGUGUUUGUGUUGGGGUCAAAUAAUAACUAACACUAUAAGAUCUUAAGUAACUAUUCAUAACUGGGCCCUUUUUAAGAACAAGCACUAUUUGAUUUUUGUGAAAUCAGCAAUUUUUCACACACGUCAAGUGCAUUACAGCAGACAUCCCAUUGAUUGUGGAGUCAUAUUGGAGGUAUUAAUACUUGUAGUACAGUUUAACUGAUUACUGAAGAAUAUUUGAAGGGUUAUAAUUUAAAGUUAAAGAAUGUGCAUCUAUUUGAAUAUGUGUCAUUUUCUGCAGCAAAUACAGUGACCUGUUAGAGAUUUAAUAUGGAGUUAUGUAUUAAAUCUAGAUAUGGUCAGUAAAAUGAGCCAAGGAUUCAUCUCACAUAUUUGUUAAAAAGGUAAAAGGAGUUGGUCAGAGUUUGCAAUGUCAGUCAUAUUGAACAGGUAUCCAUUUUGAAAAUUUGACUGAUUUUAGAACAAGGUAAUAUUUUUCCGUAUAUUUACAUGUUGAAAACUAAUGUUUUUAUCUUUACAUAAACUUGAAUGCAUCUACAAUUUACAUGCACCCAAAAUGCCCAAAUUGUUGCAACAGGUUUAAAGUGUAGGUCCUUCAGUUUAGGGUCAAAUAUUUGUGUCAUCAUUUUUAGCAAAUAAGGUUACAUCAGAGGCUCCGUGUCAUUCUCCUGUUUAUUAAUGAGCAUUACUAUGUUGUAUAAUUCUAAUUUAUCAUUUGUUUUGAAUGGGUGUUUGGAAGUAAAUGUUGACUCAUUUCAACAAC